AUGAAAUCAUUCGCCAAAAGAGCCCUUUUCCAGGCCCUCCGCGUAGCGCUCGUCGCCGUGACAGUCUCUCUAGCUGUCCAGACAUACUUGGAGGGAUGGAAGAAGCCACAGCCCGUGGUAAUAGAAUCUCGAGUUGAGAUCAACGAGACGUUCCAACCCAAACUUCCCACUGAAGAAACACCCCCACUCAAAACACUAUGGGAAUCUAUUCAAAAUGAUCCUUCUUUGAGCAAAUUCGCCAAGCUCGUGGGAGAAUUCGACGAUAUUGUCGGUGGUCUCCGGGCACCGAAAGCCCAACUCACUAUCUAUGCGCCCGUCAAUGAAGCAUUCGACAAAGAAGAAUUUCCCUAUGACCUUCCCUGGUUUUACUGGAAAUUCCUGGUUGGAUACCACAUGGGCAAAGGAGGCGUCUCGGCCCAGGGAUUACGCAGUCAAAACACGGUCUCCUCUUUCGUGAAUGCCGAUAUCUUCUUCAAGAACCAGCAACGAAUCAGCGUACAGGACAACGCAGACUCCGUCACGUUCAAUUUUGGCUCAAAAAUGAUAUCAUCUCAGCCAGCUGUCAAUGGCCAUCUACACAUCGUUGACCGACUUUUGAUGUUGCCAGACUCAGCCGCAGACGUACUUCGAUAUACCCCGUCUCUCGGAAUAUUUCGCCAAGGACUGAUUGAUACUGGACUGGCGGAGGUGGUCAAUGAUACCUCGACCCAUAUGGGACAGACACUAUUCGUCCCAACCAAUGCAGCAUUCCAGCAACUUGGCCCUAAAGUGAAUGCUUUCCUUUUCGGCCCGGGAGGCAGCGAGUACUUGAAAGCCUUACUUGCAUACCACAUCGUGGCCAACGAGACAUUGUUCUCGGAUGUUCAUUUCCCAGCAAAGAAUGGAGAACAAGUUGUCUUUUCUCGAGAAACCGCUACUCAUCCCGUGGAAAUGCCGACUCUUGCUGGAGGGCAUUUUAUUUCUGCAAGUUCUAUUUUGGAGUCAAGCACCGGACGCCGGACACUCGCAGUCAAUGACGAGUGGAAGGUCAGCCGCCCAGAUAUUGUUGUUAUGGAUGGGGUAAUCCAUGAGAUUGAUGCUGUAGUCUUGCCACCACUCAUGCAAGGUGAUGGCCAGCUGGGGAAGCAGAAGCUGGAUUGGUGGUCUAUUGUGAAACGUACCAUGAACCUUGAUGGAGGUAUCACUGUGGAGGAGCUGAUGGAGCGACUACAGCCGCUGAUUGAGAGUGAGGGGUCAUCUAGGUAG